AUGAAUAUCGCACAUCGUGGCGCCUCAUCAUACGCACCGGAAAACACCUUCGCCGCGUAUGACAAGGCGCUGGCUAUGGGCACCAAUCACAUCGAGCUUGAUGUCCACCUGACCAGUGACGACCAUAUCGCUGUCAUUCACGAUGACACCGUGGACAGGACGACCAACGCCAGCGGUCCCGUGGCAGACUUCACCCUGAAUGAGCUUCGUGCGCUGGACGCCGGUUCAUGGUUCGGCCCCAAAUACAAAGGCGAGCCGAUACGCUCUCUUGGAGAAACUUUGGAGCACUACAAGGGCAGCUGUACUUCCACAUCGAGAUAA